AUGGAUUUCCAGCAGCAGCAUGGUUACAUGAGACCGCCGGCACCUCCUCCGCCGGCAGCAGAUCCAUAUUACCACCACCACCACCACCACCACCACCAAGGGCAAAGACCGCCGGUGCAUCCUCCAAACCAGUGGUACUCGAAUCAAUUCCACUACCAACAUCCUUCUUCCUCUCCACAACAACCACUACAACCACCACCUCCUCCUCCUCAUGUUCAGCAACCGCCGCAUCAGCAGUGGCCACCGGCGCCGCAGCAUCCUGAUCAGUUUGUUCCUCCUCCCAAUCAUUAUCCUGCGCCUCCACCUCCGCCUCCACCUCCGCCUCCAUACACGACGCCGUAUCCAGCUCCGUCUAAUCAGUAUCCUCUUCCUCCGCAUCAUUCGCACCAUUCUCUUCCGCCGCGACAUCCUCCUAUGCCCCAGCCUUACCCUCAGGUCAAUCAGGAGUGGGGGCCUGCCAGUUGGAGUCAUCAGCAAAGUUGGGAGUAUCAAGCUAAUAACAAAGAAGAAGAUUGGGCCACAAAGGCCCGGGCAUGGGCUGCUUAUAAUGUUACAUCAGGUGACCAGCAAUCUCAGCAUCCAGCAUAUGCAUUUAAAGAUGGAAGCAUGGUUGCAGAUUCAGCUGCCACAUUUUCUGGGCAGGAUCUAUCUAUAAGUUCAUCAGUCCAUCAGCAGGAGGUACCUUCUAGUUAUUCUUCUGUUGCAGGGGACAUCUCGAGAGGCAUGGAACAGCAUGUUGCAGCAGUUCCUCCUGACUAUAAUUUUGUUCCUCCUACUGAGCCAGCAUUAGUUUAUCCCCCAGUUACAGCAAUGGUUCCAGCAGGAUCACAGGUUGAUCCGGUAGCAGCUGUACCUUCUCCUGUCCCUGGACAUACGACGCCAAUAUUUGGAAGGAUGACUGGACCAAGCUUCCAACCUGCGGUAGCAUCAGUUGCUGGCUCCUUUGGAAUAGUUGCUGGGCCAGAACUUCAUCCUGGGGCACCUUUUUCUGUUGAUUCUUUUGGGGCACCUGUUGCAUCUGAACGGCCUAAGAAGGCUUCUGUUCCCAACUGGCUCCGGGAGGAAAUAAUUAAAAAUAAACCUGUAAUUGUUAAUUCAUCUAUGGAUCUUCCAAAAGAGGAUGCCGAAUCCACAGAAGAUGACUAUAGAAUGGGAGAUCAGAAAAGCAUUGAUACUCGGUCGGAUGAGGAAGAAGACGAUGAUGAGGAUGAUCUGGAAGCUGCUAGAACGGCAGCGAUAAAUAACGAGAUAAAGCGCAUCGUGACCGAUGUUCUUUUGCAGGUUACUGCAGAGCUCUUUGAUGAAAUUGCAACGAAAGUUCUUAGUGAAGAUGAUCCUGUCAUUGAAGAUAGCAAACAUUCAACUUCAACACUGACCACUGCGACUACUGAAUCGACCAUAACUGCCUCCAUACCUGUGAAAAUCAAGGAAACUGUCUCUUCUGAUGGUAUCGGAAAGUUUGAUGUCUCUCGUGGUGAUGUGUUGGGUCUUGGUAGUUAUGCCUCAGAUGAUGAUGAGAGUGAACCUGAGAGCUCUGGUAAUCCUAAUUCCAAGGAGAAGAAUUUACCGGGGCAGGCAAUUUUGAGUAAGGAUGCUGUCAAUUAUGGUGGCUCAAAUGGUAAAGCAAAUGAGGUUCCUGUCUAUAUGGAUUCUAAUACUGCUGCAAUCACUGAGUUGAAGGAUGAGGGCACUACUUCUAAUGGAGAGUCUGGUGUAGCACAGCUUAAGGAUGUUGAUGCACCUAACAAUCUAGGUGUAAAUAACGCUGGGAAAAGUGAAAAACCAGUUGAUAAUCUCAUUUCCAGGAAAUCAGUAGUGAAUGAUGAUUUAAGUGACGAAAUUAGAGAUAAACUAGAUAAGAAUGAUAGGCACGGGCAUGACAGGGGUUCUUCUGUUAAAAGCAAUAAUGUCAAAGAGUUGGAGACUUUUAAGGAAAGUGUGCAUGAAAAAACAGAGGAGAAGCGUAGCAGGCAUGAUGAGGGACAAAUUAAAAGGGAAAGGAGAGAUGAUCAGAGUGGUUCAAAGGAAAGUAGGGGAGAUAAGGUUGUGAAGUCUGCUGAAAGAGGACGGGAUUCUGAUUCGAGGAAAAGGCGAUCUCCUGAUUACAUCAGGGAGAGUAGAAGGGAGAGGCAGACAGACAGUGGAGCAGUUGUUAAAGAAGAUAGUGAAGGAAAAAGGGGAAGAGGGAAGGAGGACAAAAGAGAAAAACCUAAAGACAGAGACUCAACUGAUUCUAGCAGGCAGAACAAGCACCUUGCAUCGUCAGCCUCUGAAAGCUGCACUCCCGGAGAAGGAGAUCACCAUCCCCUGUUAGAUCUAAGAAAAGACAUGUUUCGCGGUCACCUCAUAGCAAGCACUCUCAGCGCAGGCAUUCUCCUUACUCUUCUCUUGAGACUUCCAGGAGGAAAAAGUCGAGAUCCAGAUCGAGAUCAAGGUCACCUAUUCGUCGGAAAAGGUGAUAGAAAUCCUUGUGAGUGUGAUGAAGCCUGGAACCCUGUGCAAGCCUCAGAGUGUGCAUGA